AUGAUGGAGAAAGGGUUUGCAUGUCUUGUUGAGAUCACUGCUGUUCUCAGCGUGCUAGGACUCACAUUUCAAGUCCAAGGAGGUGCUAUGAUCGGUGAGGGGAAUGUAAUAUUCUGUACUCUAAGUUUUGCGUGAUUCAUGAUCAACUGUUAUGGCGUCAACAACGAGCGGGUGAUGAAGUUUGGAGAAUUUUUACAUUGAUUCAGCACGGUCGUAAUCAAACCGGCAGGAAGGCAAUUCAUGACUAUAAACUAGAAUAAAAAAAAUGACUGCUGUUUAUCAUUAUCAAGUCACUUGAACAGUUGUUGAAGUCUCUGAAGCCAGCAAAGCCAACUGUCGACCCAGUCGAGAUACCUAAACUAUAGUACCAGAUAUAUACAACACAGUUUUGUGUAUACUUGUUUAAGGAGAAUAAUAUCAUAUAUAAAGUUUAAUUUUUUUUAAAGUAUUUUUCCUUCAAGGUCAGACGCGUAUUUAUAUGGCUGUUCCCAGUAGACAUUUUAUGUGACAUCAAAAUAUGCGUUUACCUUUUAGAGGAUCGAGCAGAAGCGCGUUCAGAAAUAACGAAAGAGAUUUUGUUUCCCGAUUGAAAGAUAAUUGUUCAUUAAUCCUUUUCUUUCAUAUUAAUCGCUUAAACGUGGGAUAAUUUCUUUUUCUCUCAAGAUCAGACGCUUUUUUACGGCUGUUCCUGGUACACAUUUUAUGCGACAUCUGAGCGUUAUUCAUUUAAUAGCAAGGACGCGUCAGACGCGUGCAAAGUCAAUGGAAGUGACCUUGUUUCUAUUGAAAGUAACGAGGAGUGGAACUUUCUGAAUGACACAAUAAACAAAUUUCAAGAAAAAGGAACUGAAUACUACAUUGGUUUAACCAAAGACGAAGACGGAAGUUGGAGGUGGAUAAGUAAUAACGACAUAGUGAAUGAAUCCUUUUGGGCACCAAAGCAACCCAAAAAUAACAUUAAUGAAAGGUGUGCAGUAAUGUACAAGGAUUAUCACGGGUACUAUGGUUUGUUUGAUGAUGUGUCUUGUACAGCGAAAAGGCAUGGGUAUAUAUGUGAAAGUGAGUAUCAUGUCAUGUGCUGAAUGAAUUGCUAACAAACUACUGGUAUGGCUCUGAAACAAUGCUCUGUGUCUUAACAGUGUUGUUAUACAGUUGGCGCAUUUCCUAUUGUAUUAAUAUAAGAAAUAAAGUAUUUCUUUGUAUUUUAUAAUCAAUUUGGUGUAAAUGUAUUUUGCCAUGAUGACUUUGAGUUUAUCAACUUUAAUGCAGGGGGUUUAUUAAGGUUUUCAACAGGACAGGGCAACUGAGUUUGACACCCGGGCAAAGAAUUGGCAAGGCCCAGAGGGCCUUGAUCCCUAGGGGGGUCCGGGGGCAUGCUCCCCCGUAAAAUUUUGAAAUUCUAUGGUCGCAGGGACGUGUUUUCCUGCAUUUUGAAGCUGCAGACAAUGAUUUUCAAUAACCAAAAAAGAUAACUUUUCUAGACAAUUUAAUCACGAUUAAGUGAUUAGAUGAAGUGCGUCAGACAAACAUUUGGAUAGACGAAGAGUUUUCGCUAGAAGGUGAAUCACAAAAGUGUUAGUUUAACAACUUAUCUUUAAAAUUUCAAUGACUAGACGGGAGGAGCACUGUUUUAACGUGAACGCACUGAAAAUUAAUUCAUUGGCGUAAACCAUAAGACAAAUAAAAAAUCACGCUUCGCUUCGUUGAACAUGAUGAUUAAGCCAUUCAAUCACAGGCAAGUAAAUCGCAAAGAAGUCUACUCACCUCUUGGCCUUUUCUCUACUAGAGGCCCUUUGCCUGAAGCCGAAAAAUAAUCCGCUAUCGAACGCGUUCUUUUCUGGGCCGCCAUGCUCACCUGCUCGCAACACUAAUACUUUUCAGGUAGUCGUUUAUGAAGCACAGUUCUUUUCGCAAUGUGUUAUGAGGCGAUUCUUGUUUUUAACACAUAACGAACGAGGGGAUUUCAUGCCGCGUGUAAUAAAGUGGAAAUUGAACGGCAAAGUAUGUUUUACACUCGAUAAGACUCAUCAAGAAAAGGGCACUAUUGUAACUUAAAACUGUUUUUGAUCGUUCCUUGUAAUAAAAAGAAGUUCUUUGAGAUGUAAAGCAGCCGGGCAAAGUCGUGUUCACAGCCGGUCAAUUUGCCCGGUGCCCGGCCCUUAAUGAACCCCCUGUUUAAUGUAAUUCUUAUUGUUCCUAAAAAAACUUUUUCCAGUCAUGCCGAUACUUUAACUUGUACUUUGAGUUUUAUUCUGUAUAAAUAAUUCAUUACUUUAAAUUCCGUCGUUUGAGGUAAUAAUUACUAGUAAAAACUUUCUCCGUCGUAAUAUUGCGGUGCAUCCUCUUCUGAAUUGUUAUUAUGUUCAGGUCAUUCAUUGCUCACAACAUCAAGGCGGGUGGCUUGACUCGUCUAACAGUGCAAUUUCCUUGCAGAGCCAGCGUGUAAGCCAACAACGCCAAAGGAAAGCGACAUACCAAUAUCUGCUACAGGGCCACAUUCUACAUCCCUUGCACGGAGUACAUCCACAAAGCACGGUUCGAAGGCAAUUGCUACGACAAGUACGUGCAAUUUACUGUAACAUGUCUUAAUUCAUGUUUACCACAUGAAGUACUACAGUACUAUCAACCGAAGUCUUUGAGGACAUUGUUUUACGUGCCUCUCUGGAGACAUUUAUCAAGAGUACGAAUGUUAGUAGACGUUUACAGGGCGAAGUCGGUCAGUUAGUUUUCUCCAAGAAUUACAUUGCUGCAGUUCUGGUGAAACUGACGCUGGAAACGUACACUGAGUUCGAUCAAGUUGCCUUUGUUGUGUAACCUGCAAACAUGAAACAGAAUUUAGGAGAAAUUCUUGUUCAGUUUAGCCAAGAACCAUUAUGGCUCUUGGUUUAGCUUAACUUCUGAUGGAUGGGGUCAUUUAGAGGUUUAUAGUUCAAAUAAAGUUUACUUUUCGUUGUCUUUUUUUUAAGCGGCAGUUCCUGAGGAAGUCAUCGAUGAGUCUCCCAAUAUCACUGUAAUCAUCUUGAUUUUUCUAGCUGUUAUCAUAGUGGCUCUAAUGAUUGUCUUUUUCAUCAUUUUUUAUCAUCGACGUCGCAGAAACAAAACGAAAGGUACUUUUUGUUUUUUUGUUCGUAGCACUUUGUUCAUUCAUUCUAAAACGACUUAAUGUCACCGCAACCAAUUUAUACUUGUUCCCAAAAAAUAUGAUAUAAAAUUAAACUGAAUAGUUUUUUUAAAUUAUGUCACGUAGCCAUGGUGCUGCGUCGAUGGUAGAAGGGACACAAGACAUUGGGAUUGGGUUCAUAAGGAGAGUAAAUUGACGCAAGAUUAAUUUUUAAAAUUUGUUUUGGACAAUUUACUUUUGAUGACUCUGUUAAUAAAAAAAAAACAGUCCUUUUGUUUAAGCAAAAUGCCAGUUUUAGUAUUCUCCUUUCUAAAUUCAGGACAUAUACUUACAACAUACACAGUUGUUGUUGUUCCUUUUUUAACGAUAUCCUCUUCUUUUACUCUUCUUCAAGUUUCGUCUCAGUUAGGAAAACAGCCCAGUAACCGGAAAAAUUAUCUGCACAGCUUCACCAAACUUACAGUUCAUUUUAGCAUGUCACAAGCGCAGGAAGAAAAUAUUAUCAUUCAGACUGUUGGAGAAAACGACGAAGAGAACGCCUAUGCAGUUGUAGAUGAAAGUAUGCGAAAAUCCAAGUGUGACCAGGAAGGUCCAUCCAACUCCGAAGGAGAAGGAAUGCAAUCGCCCCCAAAUGAUGAUCACACCGCAGCACACCAAUCAGCAUUAAAGCAGAAUACGGAGAGGUGUGAUAAAGGCGACGAUCAAGAAGAGAACAGGGACCACGUUUACGCCAGCGUGCAUGUUAAAGAAAGCAAAGCGGCCAUGUUUUUUAAAACUACGGUUUCUCGGGAUGAGAGCCUGCAAGUUUCUUGCACAGAAGACGGUUCGACUGAAGGGAAGGAUCCUGUGGAGAAUUUGAAUCCUUCUUCUUUGGAACAAGGACGGGAAAUGAACAGCAACGAGGCCACCAGUGAAGAGGAUCCACUUUAUAGCAGAAUUGAGUCCAACGAUCACUUUUAUGAAGUUGUUGACAAAUCUAAAGAGAAACGAAUGGCUCCUAAGGUAGGUACUUUUAACUACCCUAACUAGUCUUUUUCCUAUUUAUUGCUUAGCUGAUAUUUGCGAAUGAUCAUAUGUUCAACAUUACCUUUUUUAAAGGAUGCUAAGGGAAUUUUCACACUUCUUAUUAUGUUUAACAAUAGUUACACAGAAUCAGUUAUGAAGACCAUCAUACUCCCUUGCUAUAUGGUUCUUUGGACUUGACAGUGCACAACGUUCAAUCAGCAUUUCUAUCACGCAUUUUGAUCCGGUUACAAUAAAAACGUUGAAUUUAUUAAUUCAUUCACAUUUUGCAAGGAUUGUGCACCGUCAGAGAGCUUCCAAAACAACCUACAGAAUCGUUGUCUUUUUUAAUGUUUUCUUUCUUGUUUUGCUUUUGUUUUUAUAUUGUUUUAUUAUUUGCCUAUUUUUAUACAGAAACCUCUCCCUUACCGCAGUGGCCAAUUAAAGUAUACAGACGUGAACCACUUACCGAAUAACUAAAACGGGAAGGUUCACAGAGCAUGCACUCCAACGGUUUACGCUGACAUCACUCAUUCUACUAAGAGUAAAAAUGUAAAGACUGGAUUGAAGCCAAGGCUACCAACUAUGUGAAAUAUAAAGUACACUAACAAUGAGUACUAUAAAUUAAAUGAUGGUGCUGUUUGGUAGGGCCAGANACUUCUUAUUAUGUUUAACAAUAGUUACACAGAAUCAGUUAUGAAGACCAUCAUACUCCCUUGCUAUAUGGUUCUUUGGACUUGACAGUGCACAACGUUCAAUCAGCAUUUCUAUCACGCAUUUUGAUCCGGUUACAAUAAAAACGUUGAAUUUAUUAAUUCAUUCACAUUUUGCAAGGAUUGUGCACCGUCAGAGAGCUUCCAAAACAACCUACAGAAUCGUUGUCUUUUUUAAUGUUUUCUUUCUUGUUUUGCUUUUGUUUUUAUAUUGUUUUAUUAUUUGCCUAUUUUUAUACAGAAACCUCUCCCUUACCGCAGUGGCCAAUUAAAGUAUACAGACGUGAACCACUUACCGAAUAACUAA